UUAUCAGCUGUUUGCGGGAUGCCCGGAGCGGGCGUAUUUUGGAAACAAUACCGCGCGGUGCUGAGUGGCCUUCUCCCGCGCCGGUCCGCCGGCUACCGCCGCCGCCCCUACCCGCGUCUCCCGCUUCCCGCCAGUCCGCUGGGCUUUUUCCCUUUUUCCCUCCUUCCCAAUUGAGUUUGGGCGCCAAGCCCCCGAGUGCUCGUCACGCUGGACCCUGGCGCGGAGCCCUGGCAUCACGACUCGGAGGCCGAGACUCUCUCCUGGAGUCACCCAGGACACACUCUUAACCAGAUCGUGGAGCCUGUUUGUUGUGUUGAGCAAGCAGAGGGGUGGAGACUAGUCUUGGGCGGGGCUUAGCAGGUUUGGAGGGAACCUGGCUGCCCUAGGAUUGCUGGCUUUUGUUUUUGCUGCUAAGCCUGGAGCUCAGCUCAGACUGUGAUGAGAACUUGGUGGUUACUCCUCAGGCCAGUGAAUGAGUGUGUGUGUGUGUGUUGUGAGCACUGUGUGUACAGCCAGUCACAGCACCCUUUGCCCUCCCACAGCCACUCACAGAGGCUAGUCUUGUUGACAUUUCUUCAGGUACCCUGCGUGCUUAUAGCAGCUGACCAUACCCCUGCUAUUGCUUAGAUUGAAUAGCAGUCAAACUGCGUGACCGGGACCAGCCUGGGUCAGAAGAAGAGUCCAAGGGGAGGGUGGCUCUGAGUGGGUCCAGGGAAGAGGUGUGCAGAGUCCCAGGACAGUGAGGCAGCCCACAUUCAUGGACGGGUAUCACUCUUGGCAGUGCUUUACCUCCCGGGUGGUCGGUCAUCAAUCCCUGACUCUACUUCUCCAGAUAAGAAGAGGGAACAGGAAAGAAGGAAGGGGAGGGGAGUCCUUCCAGGUUUAGCCUGGGUGGGGGCUGCCUCCCGGAUGCCUGCAUUGCACCCUAACAGGGGAGAUGGAGCCACCCCAGUGUGUGGAGGAGCUGGAGGAUGAUGUAUUCCAGCCAGAGGAUGGGGCGCCGGGGACCCAGCCCGGGAGCUUGCUCUCUGCUGACCUGUUUGCCCAGAGCCAGCUGGACUGCCCCCUCAGCCGUCUGCAGCUCUUCCCUCUCACCCACUGCUGUGGCCCCGGGCUUCGACACACCAGCCAGGAAGACAAAGCUACCCAGACUCUCAGUCCAGCCUCCCCGAGCCAGGGUGUCAUGCUGCCUUGUGGGGUGACUGAGGAACCCCAGCGACUGUUUUAUGGCAAUGCUGGCUACCGGCUCCCCCUCCCUGCCGGUUUCCCUGCAGCCUUGCCCCUUGGUGAGCAGCCCCCUGAAGGGCAGUGGCAACAUCGAGCAGAGGUACAGAUUGCCCGAAAACUUCAAUGCAUUGCAGACCAGUUCCAUCGGCUUCAUAUGCAGCAACACCAGCAGAACAGAAAUCGCAUGUGGUGGCAGAUCCUCCUCUUCCUGCACAACCUCGCUUUGAAUGGAGAUGAGAACAGAAAUGGGGCAGGUCCCAGGUGAGGCUGGGCUGCCCUCUUCACCUGGGGCACCACGGAAGGACAUCGGCGAGGACGGACACUGUCUUGUGAAGUUGUUGUUGUUGUUUUGUGUUUUUAUUUUAAAAAUUUCUGUGUACAUAAGACAUAUCCAGGCCGGACCUCUUUCCCUGUUCAGGGCCUUGACCAGGAAUGGGGACCUUUGUCAAACACUGUUGAAGUAGAGGCUGAUGUGUCCAUGAUGUGGGACCUCUCAAGUGCUUGGAGAAGUAGAUCCUUAAGUCAUCAGUUGUUGAAGAUGACGAGGUAGUGAUGUUCUCCGGUGAGUGGACUGUAGUUUUCCCACAGGAACUUGGUAAAGAAAUAGGAGACUGGAUUAGACUCCUGGUUCCACCAAACCUUUCAGCUUUCCACCGUGGAUGAGGCCCAGAUUCGAUGGUCACACUGCUUUAACCCCCCAGGGCCUCAGCCAGGGGCUUUCCAGCCGCACACGGCAACUUCACCAGGCCGGUCAGCCAGCCGUGUCUGGGUUCUCAGUGGGCCCAGCCAUCGCCCACCCCAAGGGCUCAGGGAUUCUUGCCCGGUCCCUGUCAUCUCCAGCAGACCUCAGGGAGGGUUGGGUUUCUCCAAGGACCCCUCAAAUGUGCCGCAAAAAUGAACCAAACUUCUGGGUAGACUUGGUUCCACUUGGAAGCCUCAGGAUUGGUCCUCAGGUGCAGAACCACUGCCACCUCUGGCUGCCUGGGACUGGCUGGGUGUCAACCGUGGAUGAGCCACAUAGCCAAUCAACGUGCUGUCGCAGCAGCUUGUGCCUUGGUCAGCUCUUCUUGCAAAAGACACAGCCAGCAGACUGCAUUCCACCCCCCAACCUCAGCACUCUAGGGCUUGAAGGGACAGGAUUGCAGUGGCACCGGGAAACAUGGUGGCCAUCCCACCUACAAGAGUUGGCCCUAGAAGAGCCCAGACCCCUCGGUUUCCUUGGAAACCACAUACCUCCUCCCCUUUAUCCCCACUCCUUUUUCAUACCUGGUGGGAUACAGGAAGAAGCCAGCACAGUGGCUUUGUCAGCUGAAACGUGUCUUUUAGAGUAACAGACAAUGAUUAGAGUGCGGAACUGUCAAAGCCGGGUACACAUUUCCUGUCUUCCUUCAGCUCCCAGCCUGGCCAGAAAGGUGUGCUCUGGGACUCAGCAGGAUCACAGCUGCCUCUGAACUUCUUCCCUUCUCUCCUUGCUGUGGCACUAAUGGAGAGGAUUUAAAGCAGCCAGUCUGGCAGCCCUGAGAACAGACACAGGGAAUCUAAAAAGACAGGGUUUCUAGAUGUUAACUAGACACCCCAAAAUUAAGUUAUCAUUUUUGCAUAUGUAAGAAAAAGUUAACAUUGGUGCUUAACAGUGAAGCAAGACCCGAAGAAAAGAUGGCUUCCCUGGACAGAGAAGACCCCAGGGCUACCCAAGGAAAUUGGAGGAGUCCAGAGUAGUCUCUCAAAUUGGAACAAGCCCAAGCUCCUCUAAUUCUGCAGAGAGGAGGUCUUUGUCACUGUUGAAGGACACGUUGAUCUUCUGGAUACACGGUCAGGCAGGUUUUUCACUGCACAAGGGCACCUGCAGCGGAAGCUAAUGAAAACUAGAAUCCAGCCCAUGCUCUGCUCACUAAGCUGUAUGCCAUAGUGUAGGGCUGUGUCUACUCACAGGAGGGGGUGCCUUUCCUUAUUUGCACAAAGGUGCCCUAUGAGCUCACGGUGGCUCAUAGGAGAGGGACUUCAAACUGUUUAUAAGCCUUUGUUUUGUUCUGCUUGGGUGUUCUGGAGAUAUUACCUAUUCUUGGCCAGAAUUAUAGUCUCAGGGUGUGCACCAUGGUUUGUCUGCUAAAAAGGUGGGUUCCUACUUUUAAGAAGGAACGCAGGGGACAGACGUGAAGACUGGCACUGGGAUACACGGACCAUUGUGACAUCCAUCCUUCCCUGUGUAUCUCCACACUGUUCCUUGAUGUGCAUAGAAUGUGUGUUGUUUUUCCCUCUCCUGGACCAAGGCUCUGAUGGGCAGGCUGCUGGUAUGUGCUUGAGUGGCACAGAUAAGAAAACUAGGAUUAUUUCUACCAGUGACUUUUAUCCCCUCCUAGUGGGCCCUUCCACCUGAGCUGAGUGAGAGAGCAAAUAAAUGGUCCAGGCCUUGGUGCUGAGGCAAAGCCAUCAGCCUCAGAGACUGUGCCAGGCCGGGCGGGAUGUUAUGUGGCCUGUCCUGACAACUGAGCCCAGAGUUUGACAAGCUCGCCUGAUCAUGGAGCCUGGAGCCUGGAGCCUGGUGGAGUCUGGUCUGAAUGCACUGUCUCCAUCUUCUGUGAAACCAGGAACUAACUGACUAUCCUAAGCAAGCCAGGGCACAGUGUAAAAAACGCCCCUCCUUCCCCCUCCCCCUAGAACCCGAGAGGUAGCUGGCUAUUUAUAAUUGGCCUAGUGAUCUAGACUGGCCCCUCCCCCUCUGCCUGGUAAGUUGGUCUGAACAUUCCUCAAGUCCAACCUCAGGAGACACAUCCCUCCUCCUGGGCUCCUUCUCCCCAUCCCCCACCUCCAGGAGCUUGGCUGUCUCUCAUUUAGGGGGUGGAGAAUCAGAUUUAGAGGGAGGGAGAGUCUGACCUGGCUCCUGACCUGUAACCAGCUGACAACUUGUGGAGCUUUUGUGGUUUGCUGCUGGGGGGCUGCGGGGGCGGAACUGGAAACCUCCCUCCCUGGGGAAGGAAUGGCCUGGAGGAAGGGAAAACUGAUAUUCAGGGUCAAAACAGCCCUUCUAAUUCAGAACCCCAGAAUAGGGUUUUCUGGAAGCCCCUCAGGCCAGGUGUCUGACUCCCCCAGCAAGUUAGAGGACUCAGCUGGGCCUUUCUGCAUUUGCCUGCUUCCAAGUCUGGGCUGCUGGAGAGCUGUCCCUGUGGUCUUUUCCUGCUCAGUCUGAGACAGGAAAAAAGAUCACCCUUCCCAGUGCCCUCCACGAGCCCCUAGGGAAGUGGGUCUGUGUGGGGAGCUUCUGUGGCAGGUGUGUUCUGAGUGCUCGGAGGGGCCCAGCAUACUUGUCUCUGUCCCCAGCGGCCCAGCCCCAUCCAAGGGUGGGUCUGGCCUGGGCAUGGCAGGCAAGGGAUUGUUUGGGAUGAUCCAGCCUGAGCUUCCAUUGGAGUCUGAAGAGCCACUGUGACUGUCCUGGGCAGCCAGGAGCAUGCUGAGAGCUUGAGACUUGUCUCAUUUGAGGGACUUGAUGAAGUGUGGUGGGGAGAUUGGAGGGGAGGAAAAGCAGGCAUUUCAGCGGGCUCGCUGAGCUUCUGCAUAUCAGUGCUGCAGCCCAGGCUGGAGGAAGCUGCAGGGUCCCUCUGUGUGUAGGCAGGGACACCUUGGUGAGAGACUACCCUGGCCGAAUUUCUUCCAGGAAGGAGUUAACCCACAAGCCUAUGAAGCCUCCUGGGGACACCGUGAGCAGUGGUUGAGACUUUGAGCCCAGAGGGAAUAGCAGAGAAAGAGUGCUCUCUAUAGAUGCUCCAGCCUCUUGGGCUGAAGGUGCUUGGAGCCCUGCAGGCUCCUGUCUGCCCUGCUCCUCUCUCUGCACGGGAAGCUAGCAGUGCCUCUGCCUGCUCUGUGAGCAUCGCCCAGCGGCCUGCCCCAUCCCUGGGUCCCUGGAUCCGCAGGGGCUGUUGGGGGAGACCCAGUGAGAAUGUAGCAUUUUGUCCAUCCCCAGUUAGCCGUCCUGGGUUCUAGGCACUCUGCCUGUGGGAGAGGCAACGAAAGAGAGGGCGGGGUUGGGGACCCGUUGAUUUUAAACCUGUACAGAAUAUUUGGCUUUAUGUUUUUCACAUGCAUAUUUGUGUGUGUAUCUUUUCCCUCAUCAAUUGGUACUAUUUUUAAUAAAACCAUUUAAAGCAAA